AUGAAGCUACCUUGGAGUAAACUUGCCAAUGUCACCACGGAUGGAUCGCCAAAUUUAACUGGAAAAAACGUCGGGCUGCUGAAAAGAAUCCAGGAUAAAGUGAAAGAAGAAAACCCUGACCAGGAUGUUAUUUUUCUUCACUGCAUCAUUCAUCAGGAGUCUUUGUGUAAAUCUGUAUUGCAGUUUAAUCACGUCGUGGGUCCAGUAGUAAAACUUGUUAACUUGAUACGAGCAAGGGGACUUAAUCAUCGCCAGUUCAUUACGUUCCUGGAAGAAACUGAUGCGGAUCACCAGGACCUACUUUACCACUCUCGCGUCUGCUGGUUAAGUUUGGGGAAAGUGCUUCAACGAGUCUGGGAGCUCAAAGAGGAGAUUCGCUCAUUUUUGGAGUUAAUGGGGAAAUUCGACGAAUUCCCCGAGCUGAGCGACACAAACUGGCUUUGUGACUUUGCGUUUGCUGUGGACAUAUUUUCACACAUGAAUGAACUGAACGUGAAGCUACAGGGGAAAGAUCAGUUUGUGCACGACAUGCACACAAAUGUGAGAGCCUUCAAAUCCAAGCUGGUUUUAUUCUCCAGGCAAAUGUCAAACAAAUCUUUCACACAUUUUCCCACACUCGCCGUGCAGAAAGAGGCAGCCCGAAAUGCGAAGAAAUACUGCAAAUCACUGGACGACCUGCACAGAGAAUUUUGCCGUCGGUUCUGUGAUUUUGAAAAAAUUGACAAGUCACUUCAACUGGUGUCCUGUCCCCUGUCACAAGACCCCGAAGCAGCACCGCAGGAGCUGCAAUUGGAACUGAUCGAUCUUCAGUCUGACUCCGUCUUAAAGGAGAAGUUCAAGUCUCUUAAACUGAAUGACUUUUACGCUUCACUUAACGAGACCACGUUUCCAGGCCUCCGGAGUACUGCACAGAAGAUGCUGGUGUUGUUUGGCUCGACCUACGUGUGUGAGCAGACGUUUAGCGUCAUGAACAUCAACAAAGCCCAUCACAGAUCCAAGUUAACUGACCAACACCUCAGAUCUGUCCUGAGGAUUGCCACAACAAAACUAACUCCAGACUUUGAUGCACUGGCAAAAAAGGGAGACCAACAACACUGUUCCCACUGAAAUUGGUGAG